UUCGCCGUUUUACGUGUUGGAACGAAUGUUUUACCACUGAAAAACGUUCAUUAUUACCUUAAUAUAAAAACAAUACCUCCAGAAUCAGAUGUUCCAUUUGAUGUUUUACCAUAUUCUGUCAGCAAGGCAUUUAAACUUAAAGAAUUGCAGAAAUAUUUUGGAAACUGGACAGAGCUUCCCUUGGGAAUUUGGGCGAAACAUAUCCUCAGAAAAUAUAAAUUAGGAAAUGAUACAGCCUUUGCGGAAAAUUUUAUAGGAAUUCUUUCUCAAGGUUAUAAAUCAAUGGACAGUGAAUCUCGGAUUAGUAUAUGCAAAUUACUUUCUCAAAAAUCAUGUAUUCCAACUCAAUUUGGCCUGAAAAGGCCAGUUGACACAUAUUUUCCGGAAGUAACUCUGUUUGAUGAUUUGCCAAGAUUUACUAUGAAUGAUGUUUCUGAAGAUUUUUUCGUGCAAAUGGGUGUGCACAAGCACGUAGAAUUACAACUUGUUUUCAGUCGCAUGGUUAAUAAUAACAAUUCAGAUCAUAUGAAUCUUAUAAAUUAUUUCGCUUCGAUAUCAAAAAGCCUUAAUAGUAAUGACAUUGAAAAAUUAAGAACGACUGCAAUUUGGAUAGAAGAGAACGUUGAUUUAAAUAAGACAAAAGCCCAUGUUCGAAGAUAUUUGGCAAAAGAACUAUAUGCUCCAUUUCCUAUUAACAGAUGUCUUAGAUUACCAGUAAUCUAUUGGAAAGGUAAUUGGAUUGGAAAUUCAGAUGAAGUCAAUUUCAUGAUGAAUCUUGGACUUCAAGAAUAUCCAUCCCUUCAAGUCAUUCUCCGACUUGCAUCUCAACCUACAGCUCUUGAAAUUCGAGAGAAAGCGCUAAAUUAUUUCAUUGAUAAUCUUAGGGACAAAUAUAGAGAAUAUAAGGCAAUUUUGGUACAAGAUAAAUUUUUACCAUGUGACAACUUUGAAGCUUAUUCAAAACCAUCAGAUUGCUUUUCAAAUCCCGAUUGUAAAAUAAUGGGAUUUAACGCUUUACGUAAAGAUUUGCGUAUUAGAGCCGAAGAGUUGGGCGUUAGACAACAUCCUAAUGGCAAGCAACUAUUGAAGGGAUUAUCAAAUAAUCUUCCGAAUAGUAUAGAUGAUGCAAAAAUGGUUUUCGACUAUUUGUCAUCGCGCAGAGGUGAUUUUGAUCAUGAAGAUUGGAAAGUGCUUAGAAGUCUCAAAUUUAUUCCCAUCGAAGACAAAUCCACGCCUGGAAAAAUCAUUCAUUAUUCUCCAAGGGAUUGCUUUUUAAAUUGUUUAAAUGAAAGCUAUGCUAAUAUACUUCCAAGUGUUGAUUUUGGUGAAACUGCAAACAUAUUUUUGGAAAAUUGUGGAGUUAAACGAGAACCAUCCUCUUUGGAUUUAGCUGAAUAUAUUGUCAGAUCGUCCCAAGAUUUUUGGAAUCGUAUGGAUGAGGAUUCUUAUAUUUCCAUCCUCGGAACGAUUGCAUUUAAUUAUCCUUCAAUUUUUAAAGAGAAACCUGAGUUGUAUGGAGAAAUGAAAAAAUCACCAAUCUUGUUGGGUAGAAAAAAGUAUGGUGAUUCUGAACGUUAUGAAUUAGCAUGUGCAAAUGAAAUCUUUAUAAACGAUAAUGAUCGUUAUCGGGACAUGUUUAACGCAUUAACAUGUCAAUUUAUGGAUCAAAAAAUGGAAGAAUUUUAUAGAUUCUUGGGAUGUCAACCACUUAGUUCAAAAGUCAAGAUAACACAUGAAACUGAAGGCAUGCCAACAUCUUCACAAAUUUCUGAUGAAGUUUUAGAAAGACUAUUAGAGCGAGUCCCUUGGUAUUAUUCAAGUAUACCUAAUGACAAUAUUAAGUGUGAAGUGAAAUGGAUAGAAAACUUAAAGGUUAUGGAAGUUGAUAGAGUAUAUGUCACUUAUGAGCUUACAACUAACAAUAUGAUCAAUAAAGAAGAAGUCAGUUCUAGUAUUUCAGAGAAUGAGAAUACAUAUACCCUUUAUAUUGCUCGUAUGAACACAGAUUAUACAGAUAUUGCAUCAAACUUGAUUCAGUAUAUUCAUCAGCGGCCUCAACGUGAACAUUCUUUGACUUUGUAUACAUACCUGACUUCAUCAAUAGAAGUUCUGCAACGACUUGGAUAUCCAAUCGCAAAAACAAUGAAAGCAAGUAAGGGUCGACCACCAGAGGCGAGACCACCAGCCGCAGAACCACCGACUAAAGUCAGGAAAAUAGAUCCAUCUGCACCCAUACCUAAUAACGUAUUACAUAAUUUAUUACGUGGUGGUAUCAUGUCUUGUAGGUCAAAUUUUCAGGAUUCCGUCUAUAGUCCACCAACGGUUAAUUCAGUACCCGAAAGUCACUGUGAUUCCGUGCCAGAAACUUCAUUAAAAUAUGUUAAAACCGAGGGUGAGAUUGAAAUUCAUGUUGCAAGUAAUAUGGAUCCAUCUAGUAUUAAAUCUGACAGCAUGACAAGAUUUUUGAGAGAUUUUAUUAGAGUUCUUGUAAAUGUUGCCGAAAUUUUUGAAAUUCCACGAAACAAACUUAAUAUAUUUUAUGAUCUUGAUUCAACAACGGUUGCCUUUAAUCGUGAUAGGACAUUAUUCUUUAACUUAAAAUAUUAUAUAGAAUUUAAUGAUCCUUUUGAAAAAGCAAUAAUAUCUUGGUUUAUGACAUUUUGUCACGAAUUGGCACAUAAUUUUGUUUCACUCCAUAGUGCUGAACAUGAAUUUUUCUUACAAUCAUAUGCGAAAACCUUUAUUCCAAAAUUAUUUGAAAAACUUGGUGGGACUUUUGGGGUCGGAGCAUUAGGUGCUAGACCAAGAGUGUAUAAUCCGUAUGCUGAUGCACUAAAUAGAACUGUAUAUAAUCCAUAUGCUGAUACACCAAGUAGUACACCAAGUAGUACAGUUUAUAACCCAUAUGCUGAUACACCAGGCAGUACACCAAGGAGUACAGUAUAUAAUCCAUAUGCUGAUACACCAGGCAGCACACCAAGAAGUACGGUUUAUAAUCCAUAUGCUGAUACACCAAGUAGUACACCAAGAAGUACAGUGUAUAAUCCAUAUGCUGAUACGCCAAGUAGCACACCAAGAAGUACAGUGUAUAAUCCAUAUGCUGAUACACCACCAAGUAGUACACCCAAUAGAACUGUAUAUAAUCCAUAUGCUGAUACACCAAGUAGUACUUCAAGUAGUACAGUUUAUAAUCCAUAUGCUGAUACACCAUCAAGUAACACAUCAAAUAGUACAACAAGUAGUACGAGUAGUAGAACAAGGAGCACAACACGUAGUACAGUAUAUAACCCAUAUGCUGAUACACCAAGCAGUACAUCAAAUAGUAGAGUGUAUAACCCAUAUGCAGACUAG